UCUAACUGUUUGUUAGCUGACGAAAAAUUUUCGAAACGGUUCUUGCCACCGUCAGUCUAGGGUAAACGCUUCAGAUGGGCACAACAAGUGCGCGCGUGCUAAUAAUCUUCACACACACACACACAUAUACACACACAGAGUAGUGGUUCAGUUGUAGAGCAGUAGUGAAAGUGCUAAAGUGGUGUGUGACAAUUAAAACAAAAAAUAACAAAAACAACACUACUUACUUGAAAACAAAUUGUGCGAUUGUGCAGUGGUGGUGAAGUCAGUCUCGCGACGGUAAAACCGCGUUUAAAGCCACUUUGAGCCGCGUCUCAACCGCAAACCGCCGAUAUUCACACCAACAACAACAAACAAUUGCUACACAGCCAAUAACGGUUUGUUGUUGUUGUUGUUUGUGCGAGGCAGCGUUAAGUCGCUAGCGCCUGUCACUUUAAAGUUUACUUUCGAUUUGCUGAUUGUUGCGCCAGUCAUUUCGAAUUCGACGGAAAUAAGCGACUUAUCCGGAAGUGGAAAUUUUACGUCGCGUUUUAACGGCAUCACCAUCGCGUUUGCGUGCGUUUGUUAUUGUAAUUUCUGUAAUAAAUUCUUCCUGUCUGCCUGACUGCCUGGCUGCCUUGGAAGUUUUUCGUGCUUUUUUACGCAGUUGUUGUUUUUUUGGUGAAUCACACGUCAAGCGGCCGAAACGCUUGAGUGGCGCCGACUUCAGCGCCUCAAAAAGAAAUUCGCGCGUGUGUGUUUAUGCGCAAGUGCUUCGCGCCCGCGUUUUUCAUAUAUAAAUAUAUAGAUAUAUACGAGUGCAUUGUUGUUGUUGUUGCGCUGGUGUAUGUAAAAGUGUAAGCGCAACGGAAGUGUUAAAUCGUAAAUAAAGUGGCAUAGCUUUGCUGCUAGCCUCUCAACUAGUUGUACACUGGCGCACCCUCAAUUUGUGUUAGCCAAGCCAACGCUUUGUGACUGAGUGAGUGGGGCAAAGUGCAGAUAAUUAGAGUUUUGCUUUAAGCAAACGAAACAAGUGAACAAAGUGUAUUUGCAAAGCCAGUAUUUUUGUAGUCGAAAUUUGUAACAAUUUUGCUGAAAUUGCAAGUGAUAGCGGUUGCAGGCAAUUUACGCAGCUAAUCGAUAGUGGAAGUUAUGACUUUAAAGAGUUGAUAGAAAUUGCUGUAACCAAUUGGCAUUACUCAACCUAAAGCAAAUUAAGUGAGAACAUGUAACUGAGCAAGGCAAACGUGCACAAGUUCCCAACGAUUUAGCAGCACAGUCCCCACAGUCCCGCAAAGUAUAUAAAUUUAGUACGUUUUGAUUGACCCUGGCACGUAAAAAAAAAAUUAAUAAAUAAAAAAAUAAAAAAAAAAAUAUUAAGCAAAGCAUUUUAGCUGCUAACCAAAUGGUAAAUUAGUGAAUGAAGUAUUAAAGCAUUUCAACAAAUAUUUUUCAAUUGCAAUCCCACCCUUAAUUAGUAAACCGAAAAAUUUUUCAAAUCAUUGUGAAGAUAAUCAACCAACAGUCUAGCAGCUAGUGUAUAAUAUUUUCGUCAAAUAUUUGCCAGCGAAUUUACGCAUUUGUUUACGCGGCACUUUGCAGCAGUUUCAACGCCAAACGCCAACGCCCCAUACCGACUUAAACCAUCUCCACCGAAUCGCUACCGAGGCAGCUAAAAGCAGCAAACUGAAAAUGUAUAACUUUUGGAUAAUCGUUUUAUGUCUAGGAUUAUUAGCAACCAAGCCAAUAAAUGGACAAUCUGAGCUGGAUGUGCAAUUAGUGGUGCCGCGGUAUGUGGAGCGCGGCUCCAGCGCCACGAUGAAAUGCAAGCACAAUGUGCGACCGGAAAUACUUUAUAAGGUGACGUGGCUCAAAGUUGACAAGGGUAAAUUCUUCGAAUUCAUAAACGGACGGAAUCCACCAUUCCGGAAUACAUCCAUUGGAGGCGGUGAAAUUGAUUGGGAAAAUUCCAACGAGACGCAGGUGACAUUAAAAAAUGUGGACUUUGAAUUGUCUGGGCAAUUUUUCUGUGAGGUUUCAACGGACGCGCCCAUCUACACGGAGGCGUCGGUGGAUGAAUUAUUAUCCGUGUUCUUACCGCAAACUGGACCGCCCAUCAUAAAAUUCCGGAAGCGUAUGCCAUUUGUCAUCGGCGAAAAGUUAUUUGCUUUAUGCAACACGACCCGCGCAUUCCCGGCACCGCACAUCACGUGGCUCAUCAACGGCAAGAAGGUUGAAGAUAAAUAUGUGCGCACGCAUCAUGCCUACUCAAUGACAAAUAAAGGUCACCGACGAACGCAACAACAACAGCAAAUACAACAACAAAUGCAACAAAAAUAUUAUCAACCACAAUACCAUAAUCAGCAUCAGCAAGAAUUCCAUGUACCAUAUCUGAUCGAUCGAUACGACAAGAGCUUGCGGAGGAGCGGUGGACGACUUGAUGAUUUCGCUUCGCAUAGCUCAUACCAUCAUGAUGGUCAUCAUCAUUCAGCGAAUAUUUACAAUAAUCCCUUCAGCUCCUUGGCCAAUAUGCACGAAGUUUAUGAUACUCAUGAGAUACAUCAGCGUAACUACGACAAUAAACCGAGAGAAUCGAAGAAGCAUAGAAACUCAUCAAAACAGAAAUAUCGACGGCACAUCAACGAGAAUGCUCUCGGCAUAAUACGCAGCACACUGAAUAGCGGCGGUUUUGGCCCACAACCGCCUAACCUCAACAACGAGCUCGGCAUACCAGCCAACGCAGGACCGAUGAGUCAACUAGCCGCCGGCUAUGGACGCCCCAUAUCACAUGCCGGCGGUGGUAUGGGUGUGGCAGCAGCAGCUGCUGCCGUUGCGGCGGCCACCAAAGAGCGAGGCAUGUUCUCGCUUAGCCAACUCAAUAUUGACUUGGAGGAGGCGCAUAACAAUAAUGGACGCAUGGAGCUGACGUGCUUGUCCACAAUACCAUCAGCCAUAGGUCAAGGAGAGCAGUUUGCUGAUUACAAGACGUACUCGGUAAAAGUUGAACUCAUGCGAGCGGAAACUUCAUCCACAACAACAACGGCGCCCAGCAUAGGCAUGGCAGCAUUGGGUAAUGGCGCCUCACAUGCCGCGGAAACAGCGGCGGCGGGUCGCCCCACAAUGAGUCUAACAUUCGGCAGUCGCUACACAUGGAUCGCAGUAGCAACACUGGCAGCUGUGUUGCAGAUGUUGUGCUAUUGAAAGCGAAAAUAGGAAGCUAGCGCCGGCCUGCCGUUGGGUGCCAACGAUUUCGGUUUGAGCAGCAGACCUGCCACGGCCCACCGAAACAACAACCGAAGGUAAAGGAAAUACAGACAAAACAAAACAAACUACAAUUAAACCCAGCUGAUAUGUACCUUUUUUGAAAAAACGAAUCCAACGCUCUUUCUUAAAAACAACUGCAAAGCAAAGUGCUGAGUACAGCAACAAACAGGCAAAACAAUACAUACAAACAUACCCAUACAUAUACACACGCCGCUUAGAAAUGCUCGUGCAUAUUUAGUUCAUGCAAAGGAGGGAGCGGGAAACAGAAGUGCAGAGAGGAGAGUGAGCAUAAAAAUAAGAAUGGAAAAUAAAAUUGUAACGGUGAAUUGUAAAAUGUAAAAAUCAAAAUGUGAAAAAGGUGAAAUGGAAAUUUUGUUGUUGCUGUUGUUGUUGUUGCUGUUAAGUAAAGGGCAUAGGCGGUGCCGCUGUCAGUGCCGGGCAGCAAACAAUGGCGUCGUAAUGACUGCAUGUAAAAAGUAGGAAUUAAAACUGUAGAACCAGAGAAGAAGAAGAAAAAGAAGGAGAAGCAGAAGCAGAAGAAGGAGCAGUAGUAGUAUAGCAUAAUAAAUAUAAAAAUAUAUCAAAUUAGACAAAGUAAAGCAGUAGCUGCUAAAAGGGAAAAGCAACAAAAGACAACUAACUGCACCGAAAGAUGAACAAAAACAAAAAAUUGCAAAUUUUUAGCUGAAAAACUUUGUGAACUUUAAAAGGGAAAACACACACAAAAACAACAAUUAUACGAGUCUAAACUACGACGACGCAACCGGAGGACGAACAGACUAAAUUUAAUUGCACAAAAGAAAUGAGGCGAAACGUCCGCUCGCCGACGGACGGACGACAUGUAUGUAACUGUAACUGUUAAAGUGUAUGUGUGUCUGUGUAAGCGUAAGUGUUUGUGUUUGUAUUUAGACGUGUAGGUAUAAUGUAAAUUUGUAACUGUAUAUGUAUGUAUGUAACGGCGCAGACUACAUAGUUGCUGUUGGAGAGGGGAACUUUUUGGAGCAGCUUUGCUUACUUGCUCGCCAUGUAAGACGAAAUAAAACAAUAAUUUUUCUUUUCUAUGAAAAUAAAGCAAAAACAAAAACAAAAUUAAGUAAAAAUAAAUAAAUGAAAACUACAAUAACAAAUUAACAAAAGCAAAAAAACAGAAAAAAACAAAAAGUGAGCCAUAUAGCGCUGGCCAGUUGAGCGGAAAGUUGCAAUGAAGAGCAAAAGUUAGCCAUUGGAAAUCUAGAAAACUGUGCUCGUGCAGUGUGCAUACGGCAUGUGCAGCAUGUUUUUGUAACUUGUAAUAAACCGUAAUAAAAAGGGUAGUCAAAGGAUAAUAAUUUUUUAAAAGCAAACAAUUUUAAGAAGCACACAAUUGGGUCGGUAAGCUUCCGUAAGUCCGUUGUAGAAUUGGCAAAGUUUUUUACCUAGACGAGUAGCAUUUUCGUAAAUACAUACAUACAUACAAACAUGCAUGUGUAUAUUUAUAUAGUCAAAAUACUCGUAUGCUGGCAGCAGUGUUGCAGGUUUUGUGUAAAUUUUAGCGAAAUGUUGGUGGAAAAAAUAGAUUGUUUGAACGUAAAGUUGAAGUCAAAGGAAAAAAUACUUUUUUUUUUAAUUUUUAAUUCCUUUUCACAUAAUAUUCAAAAAAAUUUUAAUUGAUUAAAUUUUUUAAUUUAUGUGAUUUAUUAAAAUAAAAAAAAAAUUAGAAUAAAGU